AUGACGUCGAACAUCGGCGUGCAACUGCCCAAACGCAUAAUCGAACGGCCAGGCUUAUUUGUAGACUGCUUCUACGAUACGCUCGAUCCAGAAUCGGCCGAUAAACUGGAAUGUAUCGUGAACGAAGACUACGUAAUAAUACAUCGUUACGGCGCUCCUCGUUACGGUGAAUUUAUUAUUUACCGAUUAAUCGCUCGGUGCAACGGGCCGUUCUCUGUUUCUACGCCAUGCAGGUUCAAAACGCGCAGGGACAAGGGCGCGGAGUAUUACGACGACGGGCUGACGCCGUUCUUGAAAUUCCAUCCCGACGGCUCCGGCGAGUUGUUUUAUCCCAGCGGCGUGUUGGCCGUUAGAGUGUGUCGGCCAGAGAACCGAGACUACGAUAUGUACACCGUGCUGACGCCAGGAGGCAAGGACUCGCUGGGAAUCGAGAGGGAAUCUCAGAUCCUGGCGAUAUUCGACACGAUGGGGCAUGGCGUCGUUUUCGGCGAGGACGGCGCGGCCAGGCUGUCGUACAACCAGAUCGGAGGAAUUUUUACGGACAGCCCCGCGGGCCUGCCCCUCGUUUGGACUUGGAACGCCAACCCGAGGGAGUCGAUACUUGAGACCGUGUAUAUGGUGGGUGCGAAUGAAAGAUCGGCCGAACAGCUGGAACGAAUGGAAUUCUUCUCCGAAUCAGCAGCAAGUCGUAGUUCCGGAAAUGUUAAGACACCGAUACCGCCGUCCAACUCGAGAAAUGAGAAAAAGAAAGUCGCCGAGGUGCAGAAACCUGUUGUCGGGGAACGACAAGAAGAGGCCCGAAGCAGAUUGGGCAUUAGAAGAAGCUUUCCCGAGGAAGAUAUCUUUUACAUAAGAAUAAUCUGUAUGCAGCUGAACAAAUUUCUCGGCUUGCGAAUUAUCGAUCGAAGGAACAUCUCGUUGCGAUUUUCCGCCAAAAAUAAAAGCAUCAGAAUAGAAUUGGGUACAAUUUUAAAUUACAACAGAGAAGCAUCAUCUUGCAUGAUUGAAGCGAGCGACUGGAAAAACGACAUGUUGAGGUAAAAGAGGAUGAUACGUUGCAGAUUUUAUACAAUUUCCAAUGAAACGUCACGCGAAGGUAAUCUCUUCGUCGCAGAUGCCGGUUCCAGGAUAAACUAUCCACGAAAUUGGAAUCCGAUGACAGUCUGCAUGAUUUAGCCAAAGAGUACCAAACAGUGCGAAAGUUUGCGAGACAACGUAAAAGCAUGAUCGCCAGAUACAAACCUCUUUUCAACAACAAGUCAAGCACCUGAACAUCAUAAGUGUGGAGAGAGUGAUGAAAGAGAAAAGGAGCAACGUCAAUUUAUAUAAAUAAAAAUGAUCAAUGUAAUUAAAAUAAUUCUCAAACAAUUAAUUAAUAUUAUCGUAAUGGAUGUUUCGCGAAUACAUUUCUCGCGCUGGUAUAAUAACGUUCACGACGCGUUUCCGCGCGUUUGUGUGUGUCUGACAUACGCUUUACA